UUUCAUCUUUCACUGAGGUCAUGACGCUAUUCAGAUUCGAUAUUAUUGUAGUAGGAGGAGGAGCGACAGGAUCGUCCAUAGCACUGGAUGGAGCCUCUAGAGGGCUAAAAGUAGCGCUACUCGAGCGUAAUGAUUUUGGCUCUGGUACCAGCAGUCGAAGUACCAAGCUUCUGCAUGGCGGAAUUGGUUACCUGAAAUCGGCGUUACUGGGGAUGGAUCUGCAAAUGUUGAGGAUGAUUUAUCAA